AUGCCAAACCAACAGAAGAAAGUCAUUUUUUGCAUGGCGGGGGUAUUAAGCUUCGUGUGCGCCCUUGGAGUUGUGACAGCCCUGGGGACACCGUUGUGGAUCAAAGCCACCUUCCUCUGCAAAACAGGGGCUCUGCUGGUUAACGCCUCGGGGCAGGAGCUGGACAAGUUCAUGGGGGAGAUGCAGUACGGGCUCUUUCAUGGAGAGGGCGUGAGGCAGUGCGGACUAGGAGUGCGGCCCUUUCGGUUCUCAUUUUUCCCAGAUUUGCUCAAAGCAAUCCCAGUGAAUCACGUCAAUGUCAUUCUCUUCUCCAUGAUCCUGAUUGUCUUAACCAUGGUGGGGACAGCCUUCUUCAUGUACAACGCUUUUGGCAAGCCCUUCGAAACUCUGCACGGCCCUCUAGGUUUGUAUCUUCUGAGCUUCAUUUCAGGGUCCUGCGGUUGUCUUGUCAUGAUUUUGUUUGCCUCUGAAGUGAAAAUUCACCACCUCUCAGAAAAAAUUGCAAAUUAUAAAGAAGGGAUUUAUGCCUACAAAACACAAAGUGAAAAAUACACCACCUCAUUCUGGGUCGUUUUCAUUUGCUUUUUUGUUCAUUUUUUGAAUGGGCUUCUAAUACGACUUGCUGGAUUUCAGUUCCCCUUUGCAAAAUCUAAAGACACAGAGACGACGACGAAUGUAGCUGUGGAUCUAAUGUACUGA